ACCUGAAGACCUCCUGAAGCGCCCCCGAGUGUUAGCGCCGAACUACGUUUCCCAGUGGGCAGCGCGCGCGGAAGGGGUGUUUUCCUGUGCCUUGGAACUGUGCAAGCGGCACAGCCACUGAUGCUGCUAAGAUGUCCAACAAAGAUUCUUGUGGAAAAGAAAAGAAGUCGCAGAGAAAUGGCAUCGUCUCAUCAUCCAUCUAUGAUGAGGACAAAAAUGAGAAAAAAGCCUCAUCAGAUUCUGCUUACUCUAUAAGAUCAGUUUCAUCAGUGAAGAGAAAACUGAAAUCAGAUCAUACAGACACUCAGUAUUCUAAUGCAAAAAGAAGACAAGAACUGAAAAGAUUGAAUGUAGAAAUAGACGUGUCUGGAAAGAGACCAAAAAUCAAUUCUUCAUUCCAAGGACCUAAUAAACUCCGAGAUGCAUCAUCUUCAAAGAAUAGACAAAUUAUUUUGCCAAGUACUUCAGAUGGAACUAAAAAAUCAAAGAACUCUAAAGAGAUUAAAUUUAUGAAUGUUACAAGUAAACUUGACCAUGGAAUUAAAUACUUUCCCAAUCCUAAAAUUUCGAAACAUAUGAAAUCUAAAAAGGAAGACCAGACAAAGGACAAGGAAUUGUCUCAUAUUCUUGCUCAGACAGAGAAGAUGAAAGAGCUCAAGAAAGGAAGAAACAAAAUUAGGGACAGUUCUGAAAAAUGUAAACAUAAAAAUCAAUUUUCUCAAGAUGGUAAUUCCAGCAAGAUUAUUCAUGAACCCUUUGACUCUAAAACAAAGAAGAUCAGCUUCACAAUCCCAGUAAAAUCUUCUAAUACUCUCCAGAAGCUCAUAGAAGAAAAUGUGUUCAAUUUAGUUUCUAAUAAGGUAAAGACUAAGCAGGAAUCACGAGAAUUUCCAGAAGGCUCCCAGGUUCCAUUGAAUUUGAUGAGGCAUAAAGCUGAACGUUUACCUUUAGGUUCCACAUAUAAACAGACUGUUUAUGAACAUAAAAGAAAAUGUCUUGAGUAUGAACAAAGUAAAGAUUCAAGUUCUAAGGAGAACCUUGUCCAGUGUUUUGAAGCACCAUAUUCUUCAGUGUCACCUGAAAAUAUUCAAGAUACUGAUCAAGAGAUGCAGAUAGUAGAAGAGCUUCAUGCUGCACGUGUGGGAAAAAGUGUGGAUUUACCUGUGGCCCCAUCUUCUGGAGAGUUAAUGAGUAUGGAAAUCGACCUGGCGGAAGAUGAUGUGCACCCUUCUGCUACAAAUACUGUUUCAGACAAAAAGCUACUUCUAAUUGUUGUUGACACAAAUAUCCUGAUGAAUCAUCUCAAAUUUGUUAGAAUUUUGAAGACAACAGAAAUAUCAGGUUUUGACAGACUUGUGUUAAUAAUUCCUUGGGUUGUUGUACAAGAGUUAGAUCGAAUGAAGGAAGGAAAAUUACUAAAACAUGCCCAGCACAAAGCUGUACCUGCAGUUCAUUUCAUCAAUGAUAGUCUCAAAAACCAAGAUAGAAAGCUGUGGGGUCAAUCAAUACAACUUGCUUCUCAAAAACUUUAUGGCCUUGUUCAUGAUAAUGUAGAUAAUCAUGUUACCUUAGAGCAAUGCAUGCAGUACCAGGAAUUAUUCUCCAGUUCUCUUGUAAUUCUGUGCACGGAUGAUAGAAAUUUAAGAAGCAAAGGUUUUGUAAGUGGUGUAAAAUCACUCAGUAAAGAAGAAUUGAGUGCAGAGUUAUUAACCUUAUCUCUGAAUACAGAUGUGUGUCAUCAGCCUUGUAUUUCUAAGCAACAGUUGAAAGCAGAAACAAAACCUGAAGAGACUUCUGAGGAAAAAUCUGUACAUUCUGGAUUGUCCAUUGUACUUGAACACAUUAUGUGUGAUCUUGAAAGAUCUCUUGGAACAGCUUUGUCUUCAAUAUUAGAAACAGAAAUGAAAAUUGCUUUUGGGAACCUUUGGAUGGAGAUGCUGUACUUGAAACCACCAUGGACUCUAAUACAUUUAUUACAGUGCUUUAAAAAACAUUGGUUGGCUGUAUUUGGAUUAAUUAUGGAAAAGAACUUACUUUUAACCGUUGAGAGUCUAUAUGAAAAUCUUUGUAAAGCUAAUAAUGCAGUAGACUUUACAACUGUGAAGUUCUUGCUUCAAGAUUCUAAAAGCUUGUUGCAUGCUUUCAGUAUAAGAUCGAAUUAUGAUGGUGUCCUUCCGCAGGCCUUUGGUCAAGUAAGCAGACUACUACAAACAUUUGCAGAGGUAAAGACAAAGCUUAAGCCAAAUGCAUCGGAAAACACAGUGAAUAAAACACAGGAAGACAAAUCUUUGAUGAAACCUCAUAACCAAGAAAUCACUGUUUCCUCGGGUUCUCAUCUUACCCAACCCAGUAGGCAUCAAGAAAUCUGGUCUGUCCUAGAGAAUCUUUGGGUUACAAUAUAUCAGAACAGCAUGGAUGUGUUUCAAAGAUUGAACUCAAAUUCGACUCUGACUGUUUCAAAAAUAGCAUCAUUUGAAGAAGCAUUUGUGUAUCUUCAAAAGUUAAUGGCAGCUGUGAAAGAUAUUCUUGAAGGAAUUCAGAGGAUUUUGGCCCCUAACAGCAAUUAUCAAGACAUUGAGACCCUUUAUAACUUCCUAAUCAAGUAUGAGGUAAAUAAACAUGUUGAAUUUACUGCCCAGGAACUCUAUGAUUGUGUUUCUCAGACUGAGUAUCGGGAAAAGUUAACCAUUGGAUGCCGCCAGUUGGUUGAGAUGGAAUAUGCCAUGCAGCAGUGUAGUGCAUCUGUCUACAUGGGGGCCCAAAACCCUGGGGGAUCAUGGUGUGAAGACAUGUUCAACUGUAAGACCUAAGUGGUGUAAGCAGAGGAAUUGCUUUCAUCUUUGUAAUGUUUUAGAGGCAUUUGUCUUCAUAAAUGACAGAGUAACUUUUGACCUGGUCACUUAAAGCCAAACCCAACAAAAGUUUAAGAAGUAAUUCCCAGGUACAAAAAAGUGAUUGUUACCGACAAUCUCAUUUAAGUUAUAAAAAACCUGACAUGUAUUGUGGAAUAUACUGUGCACUGUUUUCCUGGGGUUGAUAGUACCUUUGUACCUUUAUACCUUUAUUCCUUUGUCCUGAUUCUAAGCCAGUAUCUUUUGAGGAAAACAGAGCCAUCCUUCUAGUCCACCUAGGGUGGGAGCCACAGUGGCAACUGAGGAAGGCCCAGGGUGUGGCAUUAGCAUUUUUCUUAGUCCUGAAUAUGGGCAUGUGACUAGACAGACACUGCCAAACCUUAAGAAUUGGGACCUGGCCACAUGUUUACCACAUUCCACAAAAAAAUCUUGUCUGCACUUGAUUUUUAUGCUUUUAUUUAAU